AUAAAAACUCUUGCCGCUGGGCUUAUUAGCAUAUCAUUUUUAUUUCGUCUCCGACAGUAGCUGUCUCCGCCGGGUAAUAUUUUUUCCGGUAGCCAUGCUUCGAACUGCCUCUUGCUCAGCUUCUCUCACCUCCGCCUCUCCAUUCUUUCGCCACUUCCCUCUCUCUUACUCGUCCCUGUCAUCGUCUACAGGCGCUCUCCGUGGCCCCGGCCGCAACCUUCGCCGGGUUGCCCCUCCUGCAUCCCCCGGAAGACGUGUCUUUCUCCGACGUGGGUUGAGGGUUCCCUCCGCCGCAGUUCGCCGUGUCAAUAGGCAACUCUCUCGCCUCUAUGUUCGCGCCGUCGCCACACAACCCGCACCAUCUUAUCCUGAUGUAGGCCAAGAUGAGGCUGAGAAGCUCGGAUUUGAAAAAGUCUCUGAAGAGUUUAUCUCAGAGUGUAAAUCAAAAGCGACUCUUUUCAAACACAAGAAAACUGGUUGUGAGGUGAUGUCUGUGUCUAAUGAGGAUGAGAACAAGGUGUUCGGCAUUGUUUUAAGGACUCCUCCGAAGGAUUCAACUGGCAUUCCUCACAUACUGGAACACAGCGUUCUAUGUGGGUCUAGAAAGUACCCUCUCAAAGAGCCAUUUGUUGAACUGCUUAAGGGAAGUUUGCAUACUUUUUUAAACGCAUUCACAUAUCCUGAUAGGACCUGUUACCCUGUUGCUUCCACAAAUACAAAGGAUUUUUACAAUCUUGUGGAUGUAUAUUUGGAUGCUGUCUUCUUCCCCAAGUGUGUGGAUGACGUUCACACUUUUCAGCAAGAGGGAUGGCACUAUGAGCUUAAUGAUCCCUCUGAAGACAUCUCUUACAAAGGUUUUAUUUUACAAAAAAAAAAAGAUGCCACGUGUGUUGUCUUUAAUGAGAUGAAAGGUGUCUAUUCUCAGCCUGAUAAUAUCUUAGGGAGAAUUGCUCAACAGGCCAUAUCUCCAGAUAAUACAUACGGUGUCGACAGUGGAGGUGAUCCAAAAGAUAUCCCUAACCUGACAUUCGAGGAAUUCAAGGAGUUCCACCGUAAGUAUUAUCACCCAAGCAAUGCCCGAAUCUGGUUCUAUGGAGAUGAUGAUCCACUCCAACGCCUUCGUAUCUUGAGUGAAUACUUGGACAUGUUCGAAGCAAGUCCAUCUCGAGACACUUCAAAGAUCGAGCCUCAGAAGCUAUUCUCUGAGCCUAUCAGGAUAGUUGAGAAAUAUCCUGCUGGUCGAGAUGGCGACCUCAAGAAGAAGAACAUGGUGUGCGUCAACUGGCUGUUGUCUGAGAAGCCCUUGGACUUGGAGACUCAGCUCGCGCUUGGGUUCUUGGAUCAUCUCAUGCUGGGGACUCCUGCUUCGCCGCUGAGAAAAAUCUUGUUGGAAAGCGGUUUAGGAGAAGCUCUUGUCAGUAGUGGGAUGUCGGACGAGCUUCUGCAGCCACAGUUCAGCGUUGGUAUGAAAGGUGUGUCUGAAGAUAAUGUUCAGAAGGUUGAAGAGUUGAUAAUGACUACGCUGAAGAAGUUGGCAGAAGAAGGGUUUGAGAGUGAUGCUGUGGAGGCGUCUAUGAAUACUAUUGAGUUCUCUCUGAGGGAAAACAAUACAGGAUCUUUCCCUCGUGGUUUAUCUCUUAUGCUUCAGUCUAUUGCAAAGUGGAUAUACGAUAUGGAUCCUUUUGAGCCAUUGAAGUAUACAGAACCAUUGAAAGCCCUGAAAGCUAGAAUAGCUGAGGAAGGUUCAAAGGCUGUCUUCUCCCCUCUAAUAGAGCAGUUUAUUUUGAACAACUCGCAUCGUGUGACCAUUGAGAUGCAGCCUGAUCCUGAAAAAGCUUCUCAAGAGGAAGCGGAAGAGAAAAGUAUCCUGGAAAAGGUUAAAGCAGGUAUGACGGAAGAAGAUCUUGCGGAGCUAGCGCGUGCUACAGAGGAGCUGAGAUUGAAACAAGAGACUCCUGACCCUCCUGAAGCACUUAGAUGUGUCCCAAGUUUGAACUUGAGUGACAUCCCAAAAGAACCUACUUAUGUUCCCACUGAGGUUGGAGAUAUUAAUGGUGUGAAGGUUUUGAGGCAUGACCUUUUCACAAAUGAUAUUGUCUACGCUGAAGUAGUCUUUGAUAUGGGUUCGCUGAAACAUGAGCUUCUUCCACUUGUACCACUUUUCUGUCAAUCACUAAUGGAGAUGGGCACAAAAGAUUUGAGUUUUGUGCAACUUAAUCAGUUGAUUGGAAGGAAAACGGGAGGAAUAUCAGUGUAUCCCCUUACCUCAUCUGUGAGGGGCAAGGAUGAACCGUGCACCAAAAUUAUUGUUCGUGGAAAAUCGAUGGCUGGACGUGCUGAUGACCUUUUUAACCUGAUGAAUUGCUUGUUGCAAGAGGUUCAAUUCACAGAUCAGCAGCGGUUUAAACAGUUUGUCUCUCAAAGCAUAGCGAGGAUGGAGAACCGACUGAGAGGAAGUGGUCAUGGAGUUGCUGCGGCGAGGAUGGAUGCAAUGUUGAACGUUGCUGGAUGGAUGUCUGAACAGAUGGGUGGUCUCAGCUAUCUUGAAUUCUUACGCACACUUGAGAAGAAGGUGGGUGAUGACUGGGAAGGGAUAUCAUCUUCCCUUGAGGAGAUAAGGAGAUCUCUCCUCGCCAAGAAUGGCUGCAUUGUUAACAUGACUGCAGAUGGCAAGUCUCUCACCAACAUCGAAAAAUCUCUUGAGAAGUUUCUAGAUUUACUCCCUGAAAGCCCCUCUGGUGGGCUCGUCACUUGGGAUGGUAGACUCCCUCUGAGAAACGAAGCCAUUGUGAUACCAACCCAGGUAAACUAUGUUGGCAAAGCUGGCAACAUAUACAGCACAGGGUAUGAGCUAGAUGGAAGUGCAUAUGUUAUAUCAAAGCAUAUUAGCAACACUUGGUUAUGGGAUCGUGUUCGUGUUAGUGGUGGUGCAUAUGGAGGUUUCUGUGAUUUCGAUUCGCAUUCAGGAGUGUUCUCGUUCUUGUCGUACCGUGAUCCGAACUUGUUGAAGACACUUGACAUAUAUGAUGGAACUGGUGAUUUCUUGCGUGGUCUUGAUGUGGAUCAAGAGACGCUUACCAAAGCUAUUAUUGGAACCAUUGGUGAUGUUGAUUCGUACCAGUUGCCUGAUGCCAAAGGUUAUAGCAGUUUGAUGAGGCAUUUACUUGGAGUAACUGAUGAAGAACGGCUAAGAAAGCGUGAAGAGAUACUAACAACAAGUUUGAAGGACUUCAAAGAUUUCGCCGAGGCAAUAGAUGUGGUUAGAGACAAUGGUGUAGCGGUGGCUGUGGCAUCCGCAGAAGACAUUGAUGCGGCUAACAAUGCACGCUCCAACUUUUUCGAGGUUAAGAAAGCUCUCUAAGCUGAGAACUCUUACACUUGAUAUGAUUUAAAAUCUCAUUAGAUUUUGAUCUUGCUUUCUCUACUGGAGUGUCUUUGCUAUGUGAAAAUUAUUACAGUAAGCAUUUGAUAAAGUGAUACAGUAGAACGACGAGCCGUUUGGUUUUACAAACUA